AUGGUGGUAUACAACUUUAAGAAGAUUCAGACAGUGCCGACAGCCAAUGACUUUAUUGAUAUUGUGCUCACGCGCACGCAGCGCAAGACGCCGACAGUGAUCCAUCCGACAUAUGCCAUCUCACGUAUUCGCGCAUUUUAUAUGCGCAAGGUUAAAUUUACGCAGCAGACGUGCCAAGAGAAGCUUAGUCAGAUCAUUGAUGACUUUCCACGCCUUGAUGACUUGCAUCCGUUUUACGCUGAUCUUAUUAAUAUUCUAUAUGACCGUGAUCACUACAAGUUGGCGCUCGGUCAGGUCAAUACAGCCCGGGCUCUUAUCGACAACAUUGCUAAAGAUUAUGUUCGAAUGAUCAAAUAUGGUGACUCGCUCUAUCGGUGCAAGCAACUUAAACGUGCGGCUCUUGGUCGAAUGUGUACACUUUUAAAAAAACAAAAGGCUUCACUCGAGUAUUUGGAAGAAGUGCGAAAGCAUCUAUCACGUCUUCCAUCUAUUGACCCAAACACCCGCACGUUGCUAGUAACUGGUUUUCCUAAUGUAGGCAAAUCGAGCUUUAUGAACAAGGUCACGCGUGCCGAUGUGGAUGUCCAGCCGUAUGCUUUCACAACCAAGGCUUUGUACGUCGGCCACCUAGACUACAAAUAUUUACGGUGGCAGGUGAUUGAUACCCCUGGUAUCCUCGAUCAUUCUCUUGAGGAUCGUAAUACAAUUGAGAUGCAGGCUGUCACAGCACUUGCUCACUUACAAGCGUCCAUUCUCUUCUUUAUGGAUAUUUCUGAGCAAUGCGGCUUCACUAUUGAGCAACAGCUAAGUCUGUUUGAGAACAUCCGCCCGCUGUUUGCUAACAAACCGCUAGUAUUGGUGUGCAACAAAGUCGACCAGAUGCGCUUCGAAGAAUUAUCAGAGCACCACCAAAAUAUGAUUAAUACGGCCGUGGAGGAAACCAAAGCCAAGUUUUUCACAAUGUCAAACCAUUCCGAGGAGAAUGUCAUGGAGGUGAGAAAUUACGCAUGUGAUGAGCUUUUGGCCCAUCGUGUCAAUUCAAAGGUCAAAGGCAAUAAGGUGGCUGAUGUGCUCAAUCGCUUGAGCGUUGCUAUGCCUGUACCUCGUGAUGACAUGAAGCGUGAGAUCUCUAUUCCAGCCAGUGUUAUCGCAGCUCGCAACAAUCCAAGCAACGCAGCACCACGUGUGUUGCUCAAGGACAAGAUGAACGCUAAUGGUGGGGCGGGUGUAUAUUCAUAUGACUUCAAAGAGCAUUACAAGGGCAUGCUUGGCAACGACGACUGGACACAGGAUGCGAUUCCAGAAAUCUGGAAUGGCAAAAAUAUUGCCGACUUUGUGGACCCUGACAUACUUAAGCGUCUCGAGGCUCUAGAGAGAGAGGAAGACGAGGCAAUGGAGAACAAUGCCCCAAUGGAUGUAGAUGAGGACAUGAGCGACCUUGACGACGAGCAGAAAGACAAAUUGGCUCGUAUUCGAGAGAAGAAAGCCAUCAUUAUAGCGAAUCACCGUCAGAACAAGAACAAGAACCACUCGUCUGUUGCACGGAAGGUGCGUGCAAAACUUCGCACGCUCACGCAAACGAAGAAGGAAUUAGAGGCUCUUGGCGUGGAUACUAGUUACAUGAAACACGCAGAUGCAGUUGUAGCAAAAAGGAAAGCAGGUGAUGAAAUUCGUGGUCGGAAGCGCCAACGCGAAGACAUGGAUGUGGAUAUGGAAGAUGCAACCGAGAGCUCUGAUUACCGUGUGCGUGCUCGUGCUAAAUCAGCACUGCGCUCCAAGUCAAAGAACCGGUCACAAUCGUUGGUAACUCCACGUGAUCAAGCCGGUUUUGGUGACAAGGCUGCAAUGGCUACUGCGAAACGUGCGACUCGGUUAACACAGCGCAAGGCGGCCAAGAUGGGUCGCGCCGGUGAAGCUGACCGGAAAUCAGUACCGAAGCUGGCGAAAUGGCAGAACUCGGGCAAGCGUGGCCAAGGCAAUACGUACUCGCGUUAA